GACGGACAGCUCUAUGGGUUUGUUUGGGUUUAAAGAGCAAGAUGGUGAUGAAGAUCGGAGGCAGCUCGCUUAUAACGAAAAUAAUGGCUGCUGUAUUCGAUGUUACAUGUUGAUGAAAUGAAUAAAUGCGCGUAGUGUUAAAAUACUGCGAUCCGAAAUAAUUGGAUGCGUUUGUCAUUUCGUCGGGUUUAAGUGGUAAAGAUGCACUUCCCCGAGAAAAUUAACUGGGUUGAGGAAAUAAUUCCCUGUUGCCUCAGAGGUGGCUUGUUUGUGAGGAAAAGGAUAUGAGCUCGAGGAUCUUCUCUGGGCAGGAAGCACAGAUAUGGAGUUCUGCUUUGGAAACCUUAUUUUCAGCUCCAAGUUUGACUCUGGGAACCUGGCCCAGGUUGAGAGGGUGGAUCACUGUCUGUCCGAGGGGGAACGUGCUGGGUUGGGACCCGGCAUCACGGGGGAGCCGGAAGGGCUUCCUUCCUCCCUUCCGGACUACGAGUUCAAUGUCUGGACUAAACCUGAUUGUGCAGAAACAGAAUUUGAAAAUGGGAACAGGUCCUGGUUCUACUUCAGUGUCCGGGGGGGCACUCCAGGAAAGCUGCUCAAGAUCAAUGUCAUGAACAUGAACAAGCAGAGCAAACUGUACUCCCAGGGAAUGGCUCCGCUGGUAAAGACGCUGCCCGUGAGACCGCGCUGGGAGCGAGUGCGGGACCGGCCCACGUUCGAGAUGGUGGAGAGCCAGUUCAUCCUGUCCUUCAGUCACCGGUUCCUGGAAGGGCGUGGCACGACCACCUACUUUGCAUUCUGUUACCCCUUUUCCUACAGCGAAUGCCAGAACAUGCUGCUUCAGCUGGACCAGAGGUUCAGCGGCUCUCAGCACCUGGGGCCCAAUAGUCCCUUAGACUCUGUGUACUACCACCGUGAGCUGCUCUGCCACUCCCUCGAUGGCCACCGUGUCGACCUCAUCACCAUCACCUCCUGUCAUGGCAUGAUGGAGGAGCGGGAGACCCGGCUCGACAAGUUGUUCCCAGAUGGCGCUACUCCCCGACCGCACAGGUUCGCGGGGAAGAGGGUGUUCUUCCUUAGUAGCCGAGUCCAUCCCGGAGAAACGCCGUCCAGCUUCGUCUUCAACGGCUUCCUGAGCUUCAUCCUGAAGCAGGAUGACCCUCGCGCUCAGGCGCUGCGCAGGAUGUUCGUCUUCAAGCUGAUCCCCAUGCUGAAUCCGGACGGAGUUGUACGCGGACACUACAGGACGGACUCCCGAGGGGUGAAUCUGAACCGGCAGUACCUCAACCCCAGCUCUGAGCUUCACCCCUCCAUCUACGCGGCCAAGGCUGUCAUACUUUACCACCACGUGCAGAACCGUAUCAGCCGGGGCUCCCCCGACUGGCGCACCUUCACCACGCCCCUCUGCUCGAACCUGCUGAGCACAAAAUCUUCCAAUCAUUCCAACACCAAAUGCCUGAACACGUUUGACCUGGAGAGGAGUAACAACCUGAGGAAUGACAGGGAACAGGGUACAGGGGACCUCCCCCUCUCCGCUGGGGGAUCGGCGUCCCCAGACAUCCCCGCAUGCUCUGAGGAGAACGCCAGUCCCUGGCUGGGCGAGCUGGACCGUGAGGGACACUGUGAUGAAGAGGAGGGUCUGAAAAGCAGGUCUUCCGGGGAGUCACUGCAGCCGUCGGAGUCCAUCCCACCGCAAGAGGGCGGGAUCGCGUACUACGUGGACCUGCACGGCCACGCCUCUAAGAGAGGCUGCUUCAUGUAUGGGAACAGCCUGUCUGUGGAGAACGAUCAGGUGGAGAACUUGCUUUACCCGAAGCUCAUCUCCUUCAACUCGGCACAUUUCGACUUUGUGGGCUGCAAUUUCUCCGAGAAGAACAUGUACGCCAAAGACAAGCGAGACGGCCAGUCCAAAGAGGGCAGCGGGCGCGUGGCCAUCCACAAAGCCAUCGGUCUCGUGCACAGCUACACGCUGGAGUGCAACUACAACACGGGCCGCUCCGUCAGCAGCAUCCCCCCAGCUUGCCAUGACAACGGGCGGGCCACCCCUCCCCCUCCCCCCGCCUUCCCUCCAAAAUAUACGCCGGAGAUUUUCGAACAGGUGGGCAGGGCUGUUGCUGUGGCAGCCUUGGACAUGGUGGAGUGUAAUCCCUGGCCGCGCCUCAUCCUGUCGGAGCACAGCUGCCUCACCAACCUGCGGGCCUGGAUGCUGAGGCAUGUGAGGAACAACAAAGUAGCCAAUGGCAGCGUCAGGAAGCACGGGGUCAAAGCUCCCCCGCCCAGGACCUUGGGUUCGAGCAGCUCUGUGUCCGAGAUGGCCCUCAACCGCACGCGCAGCAACAGCAGUGGGACCUGCAGUGGCGGCCAACAGACACCUCCUCAGCUCAAGAGUUCCCCCAGUUUCACGUUCGGAUGCAGCCAAGUCCCACGGACCCCUGGUCCCACCGCUGGGCUGCACAGGGGCGGCCACAAAGCCCUGGGACCAGUGCGAGAGUCCAAAGCUCAGGAGAAGAGGCGUCCGCAGCGACUCUCUGGGGCCCGAGCUGCAGCCGGCGGCCCCCCGGCCCCCCCCACCUGCCCUCCUCCCUCCCACCCGUCCGUCCCCACGGGCUUCCCUAAGGCAGCUACCCUGGGUCCCUGCUCCAUCCCUGCUUCCUUCAGCAUGGCUGGCCUUUACUCCCUCCAGCCUCCCAGCCUCUCCAAGCUGCUCCCCUCUCUGCAGGCCAUGCCCAAGACCAACCUCCUGAACAAGGCGCUAAGCCGGACGCUGAGCCCCCUGUUGCAGCAGGCCCUGCCUCCCCUGGCCUUCCUCGGUGACGUCAGGGAGCGGCCCGGCUGCCCGGGCAGAGAGGAACGUGAGCGUGUUCGGGCAGGGCAGCCCUGAGGGCGGCAGGAUGCCGAUUGCAUGCCCCAGGUGCUAAGUAGGUUUUCUGUUAGAGCUCCGGGCUGAGGGUCGGUGCCGAGCACAACUGCCCCUGAGACGGAGCCCUGUGUUUCCCAGAGGUGAUUCGAUAGCUGAUCCGACUCGUAACCUUGAAAUAAAGAUCAUGGGGCCCAUCCUGCCACCCAGCCCACUGCCAUACAACUGCAUUUUAAACGGGCCAGCCCGGUCCACCUUAAGGCCUGCUCUGUCUGCGUAAACGUGGUGUAGCCUUACGUUGACUGUGGGUAUCCGUUUUUAAGGUGGAACCUUUCAUCUGGAAGCCAGGCUAAAUGAUCAUGCCAUCAACCCCAGAGACCACGUCACUCCCCAAACCGUAAACAUGUACAUAUCAGGGGGAAUUCUUAAACACAUUUGCUGGCUAUAUUUAGGAAUUGGUAGGACACCAGUUUAACUGUAUUAAGAGUUUACCAGCUUUGUUUAUCCAUGUUGCACUUUUUAAGCAUUUUACAGACACCGCGUGUGCGGCUUGUCGACUGCACGCCAGGUUGGCGCCGGGGCCCCAGACCGCGUCGCAGCCCUGGCUUAGAGCACAGCCAUUGUCAGGCUCUCCUUAGGUGCACCCAGCAGUGAGUUAUACACACUAAGUACAUGUGGCUGGUAUUUUCUACACUGUGUGUGCACUUUUUAAACAGUAUUUCUAAUAAUCCCACGUGCUGGAACAAAACACCCUGACACGUUACCGAGUACAGGUACAUUAACACGUCAUGUGACUGUCUGUCAGCAGACUUUCUACUUUUUUUGUGGGCCUAAAGUCAGAGCAGAAAAGGACUGUGGGGAUGAAGCACAUUUACCUGUUUUCUAUGUGUCAAAACACAGGUCCGCUAUGCACACUCUGCAUUGGUUUCUGUGCCUGAGUUGUUAUUGGUAACCAGGUAGGGUUGAACAUUCGAAGACGCUAGAGGCCAGUAACUGUGAGGUGAUGCGCUGUGUGGUCACCCUCUUACUCAGACUCCCACAGCUCAUACAGCGAUUCUCGACCUGGAAAAAAAAAAAGUCAUGUUUCUCAGCCCAGUCCUCCGGGACCCCACAUGAUCUACAUUUUUGCUCCCUGCCAGACAGUCCACAUGUUUGUGCCCUGCUAGUUCCCUACUGGGUUGAGAAACACUGACUUAGAGGAUCUUUGAGCAGACCAGUGAUGUACCUGUCUCCACCAGAUGUACCGACAGUAGUGUCUGUUGUCCUGAGUGACGUUCGUGUGUCAUUCGGUAUUGAAGUUUCCACAAACAGCUAGGCCACAUCUCAGAAGUUCAGGUGAUGUGAUGUGAUGUUUGAUCCGUUUUUGUGGAUGUUGUACUGGAAGGCAAACCGCCAGCUUUCUGUCAGGACAGAUUUAGAGCAUGAAUAUUCCCACUGUUUUAUAUGUAUAUAUAUGUACAGUAUAUAUACACGACUAAUGGUGACGGGGGAAGUGUGUAUGUACGGCUUCCAGCCUCAGUAUUGUGCCAUAACUGUUUGUAAGGAGUUAUACCUCAUUUCUUAGGAGCGUGUGUUUGUUUUCUACAUUAAUUUGAUUAAUCUUUGUCAUGUGAACUCUGCUAAAGUUGCUGUGAGCCUCAGCCUAUCAUGUUUCUUAAUCCCCGUGGCUGCGUGUUCAAUACAGGAACAGUGCAGGGUUUUUCUGUACCAGUCCUGCUGGAGGCAUAACCAGGCUCAUAUGCUCUUCCCAGGAACAUAAAACAAGCCAUGUACUGUGGAAGAAGUUAAGGGUCGUGCUUUAGGGAUGGGCCCUGUGGUCACCUCUGCUUCCAGCAGCCAGCACACGCCCUUUCAGCAUUACCGUGGGAUGAUCUCAGCUCUAGGACUCUGACGUCAAUUCCUCGGAUGUCAUCACAACUUUGCCUUCUUUUAUACAUGCUGUGGUCUGAUAUUUCUGAUGAUGUCUGGCCUUUUAUGUAAUAAAUGUUCCCUUUCUGACUGAGAACUUUAACCUUU